CCUGGCGCAAGCGCGCUCUAGGCUAAGCGUUUGGCGGGUUUUUCCUGGUUGUGCUCUUCCCUGAGAAGUUAAGUUGUAGCUUUCGGAAGCAAGUUCUCUCUCCGAAUCCUUACCUCUCGAGGGUUUUUGAAGUAUUUCUCUGUGACCUGGUGGCUGGGGUCGUCUGAGGGUUUAGGCUAGGUGGUCUCGUGACGCGUUCCUGUCACCUUCCCGAAAAGCGAAAGGAUAAGCUUCUGCUGGGGUAGACUCGAGCUGAGUGAGGUCGGAGCCCGGCGGCAGGCGCCGACCUCUCCCGGGUCACCAUGGCCGUGUCCACCCAGCAGCUGGCGGAGGAGCUGCAGAUCUUCGGCCUGGACUACGAGAACUCCCUGUUGGAGAAACGGCCCGUGGAUGCUGGAUACAGAGGACUGUUUGGCCUCUCAAGGUGGAAGCUGUCAGAAUGAGCUAGGCUCUCUCUUACUCGUCUGAUUGCUCUCCCUGCAGUGGCAGAGCUGUGUGUUCUGUACCGACAGACUGAGGAGGGAAUGGUCGGCGAGCUUAUCGCCUUCUGCACCAGCGCAGGGAAGUCAUGCCUUACUGUAGAGAUCCUGAACUCUUUUGAACAUGAGGUUCUGAACAAAAAACUCUCCAAAGCCUGGCACAGUGCCUCCAAAGACAGCGGGCACGCGGGAGCCAGAGACAUCGUCUCCAUACAAGAGCUAAUUGAAGCAGAGGAGGAAGAGGAGACCCUUCUGAGCUCUUACACCACACCCUCUAAGGGUCCUCACAAGCGCGUUAGCAGCACCCCAGAAACCCCACUAACCAAAAGGAGCGUCGCUGCUCGAAGCCCGCAUCAGCUUCUCUCACCAUCAAGUUUCUCCCCGAGUGCUACCCCCUCCCAGAAAUACAACUCCAGAACCAACCGGGGAGAAGUGGUCACCACCUUUGGCUCAGCACAGGGCGUGUCUUGGUCCGGGAGAGGAGGCUCUGGAAGCGUCAGUCUGAAGGUCUUGGGAGACCCAGAGCCACUCACUGGCAGCUACAAAGCCAUGUUUCAGCAGCUCCCGGAUAUUCGAGAAGUUCUGACCUGUAAGAUAGAAGAGCUUGGUGGAGAGCUGAAGGAGCAUCACAAGAUCGAGGCUUUCACUCCUCUCCUGGUCCCAGCACAAGAGCCUGUCACCUUGCUGGGUCAGAUUGGCUGUGACAGCAACGGGAAGCUGAACAGCAAGUCAGUGAUUCUUGAGGGAGACCGGGAACACUCCUCCGGCACCCAGAUUCCGGUGGAUUUAUCUGAACUCAAAGAGUAUUCUCUCUUUCCUGGACAGGUUGUAAUUAUGGAAGGAUUCAACACCACUGGUAGGAGAUUUACUGCCACCAAACUCUAUGAGGGUGUGCCACUUCCUUUCUAUCAGCCCACUGAAGAGGAGAGAGAUUUUGAGCAGACUAUGGUGUUGGUUGCCUGCGGGCCUUAUACCACCUCUGACAGCAUCUCAUACGAACCCCUGCUUGAUCUGAUCACCAUCAUCAACCAUGACCGGCCAGAUGUCUGCAUCCUGUUCGGACCUUUCCUGGAUGCUAAACAUGAACAGGUGGAGAACUGUAAGUUGACAAGCCCAUUCGAAGAUGUUUUCAAGCAAUGCCUGAGAACAGUCAUCGAAGGAACGAGAAGCUCCGGCUCCCACCUCGUCUUUGUCCCAUCUCUGAGGGAUGUGCAUCAUGAGCCAGUGUACCCACAGCCUCCUUUCAACUACUCCGAACUGCCUCGAGAAGACAAAAAGCGAGUACAGUUUGUGUCAGAGCCCUGCAACCUCUCCAUAAAUGGCGUGAUGUUUGGUUUGACAUCCACGGACCUGCUGUUCCACAUUGGGGCUGAGGAGAUCUGUAGAUCUUCCGGGACUUCAGACAGAUUCAGCCGAAUCCUCAAGCACAUCCUAACGCAGAGAAGCUACUACCCACUUUACCCACCCCACGAGGACAUGGCCAUAGACUAUGAGAACUUCUACACCUAUGCCCAGCUGCCGGUCACCCCCGAUGUCUUCAUAGUGCCGUCAGAAUUGAGGUACUUUGUGAAGAACAUCUUUGGCUGUGUCUGUAUGAAUCCUGGGCGGCUCACCAAAGGACAAGUGGGUGGCACCUUUGGCCGCCUCUACCUCAGGAGGCAGCCCGACGCCAUGGACGGUGAGGGCAGGCAGGGCCUCAGUGUGGCUGCGCAGGUGGUCAGAAUCUGAGUCCUCCCGCCUCACAGACACUGAGAGCCCAGGUAUGACCCUCUGGUGACCAAACCAUUGGAGUACCUGACAAAGAUCUGGCCACAGGGACAGGACUGCAGGGCUGCGCUGUCCAAUCUCAACUCACCUUCACCCCCAUGCAGCUUGGCCCUGAUCUGAGUCAUGCCCCUGCCUCUCUCCUGCUUCACAAGGUAGAUGUACAAAAGUGAACCAUCUAUGGAGUCAGAAAGACAGGAAAACUUUGCAAUCUUCUGUAUGAAUCAAACACAGCGUGUGGAGAAAUAAAAAGUUUUUUAGUCUAACUGA